AUGGUUGCCACAAAGAACAAAGCCCAAGCAAGAAAGCGGAUGUCAAAGGCGGAGCGCAAGAAUCUCCGUUUGUGGGCAGAGGGAAAGCGCGAGGAAGUACUGCAGGAACACCUCGAAGCUAUCACCAUUGCGCGUCUCUCGGGUACUUGGGCCGAAGAGCGCGAGAGGCUGCAAGCAGCCUUCAACCAUUACCAUGCUGCAAUACCCUGGCAGACCGAAGACCACGAGGAGCCAGAACUACGUCCGUACGACCCAAAGGCGCCCAUAGUUGUUGAGAAACUGUCUCCAGAACUUGAACAGAAGAAGCGUGAGCGCAUCGAGGUGCUCAAUCUGCGCAUCAAUCGGUGGUAUGUAUAUCGCAUCCGACAUGCACUGAAGCAACGCCGUGAGGCAACGCUGGACCCACGGAGGAGUGCCUACGCAAUCCUACUCGGUCGGCUUGCUGGUCUGAAGAAACCCCCAAAGGCACGGCAGGGCUUCCAACAGUUGAUGCACGAGUCUUAUAGCAAACUCAUUGCGCCGGCGGUGGAGCAGAAACGUGCGGCGAUAGCUUCUGGCACAGCAGAGACAACGGCUACUGGGCUGCGGGUGGGGUUCCGUGCUGAGGUCGCACGUGAGGUUUACAAUGCGCUGCCAAAGGAUCAGCAAGACGUGUUGAAGGACAGGGCGCAUGAGCAGGCACAAGUGGCAAAGGACAAAUACAUGGAGGAGCUGAAGAACGGACCACCGCGCGACGCGGAGAGUCGUCAUCGGGCUGUGAUGCAACUGCCGGGCUUCAUUAUGCCAUUGCUGAAGGGGAUAUACGACACCACGGGACUUCUAGCUACACUGGUUGUGGCUGGUCCAAUGCCGGAGUUCAACGGCGAAGUGAGGGCCGAGCACGUGUCGUACACAGGCGAGGGGAAGCCCCAAUGGGCUCACUGGGACCGGGACCGUUUCCAGAAACAAGUGCUGGACUUCAUGGCCCAGUUUGCUGAGACACAGUUCACCGCAGAGGAUCGCAAUGCUGCCAUACUGGCGGACGAUUCCAAAGAGCAACGCGAGGCCAUGUUAACGAAGGCGCUGUACGUGAUGCCGGUGAAGACGGUGGGCAACAGAGAAGACGUUGACAGUGAUAGCGUGGGUGGUUCGGACGAAGAGGAGUGCUGGUCGUCGGAUACAAACAGUUCAGAGGACGAGGAGGCGACACAGCUGGUGGAGGCAAUGAAGAGAAAGAAGGUGAAAGCGAAAGAGAAGGAGAAGAGGUCAAAGAACACCGGAAAGUCAUCAAAGACAGCCGGGAGCAGAGCAACCAAAUCUGCAGCGAAGCCCAAGGAACCCCGGAAUAAGGAUGCCGCCAAUGUCGAGCCGGCAACGUCCAGUGCGCUGGCACCGGAUCGACCGACAACGAUGACAGUGCACAUGUCCGGGCUUGGCGACGUCACCUUCUCAGAUCCAUAUGCGCAUAUCCCAACCGAGCAGCUGAGUCCAGAGAAGCAGCGGGAGCAGAACAUACGUCGUAACCGGGCAAUGGUGGCAAUGAUGGAUUUGCGUGGAGCAGCGUCCACAGCAAAUGCCCUGGAGGCAGGCAAGCGGCGUGCAGACGAGAUGGACGGGACGGAGGGCACAUCAGCAAAGCGCGCACGGAUGGAGGCCAGCGGCGACACCGAGGAUGGAGAGGUCGACGUGGAGAUGCUGUCGGUGGGCCCGGAGUUGCAGGGAGUAGCUGCGGAUCCCAUGGUUAACAUUGCACUUGCUACGGAUCCCAAAGUUGACACUGCACCUGCUGCGGAUCCCCAAGCCGACGCUGCAUGCGAUACAGAUCUGGAUCCCGAUGCUGCACCUGCUGCAGAUGCCGUGACCGCGGCCACACCCGCUGCGGAUCCCAUUGGUGAAGCGGCACCCAUUCCCAAUCCCGACACUGCACGUACUACAGAUCCGGAUCCCGACGAUGCACCUGCUGCAGAUACCGUGACCACAGCCCCACCCAAACCCGACACCGCACCUGCUGCGGAUCCCAACGGUGAUGCAACACCCAUUCCCGAUUCUGACACUGCGCGCGAGCCUGGCGGAGCUCUGGUAAUGGUAACAAUGCCAGAGGUCACACCCACAGCAGAUCCCGCAUCUGCGAUCGCAGCUGUGACGCCAUCAGGGGAAUCUGCCCCGAAGAGCGCUCGCUCAACACCUGCAUGUCCACCUAAAGCGGCCCAAUGGUUUGCAGCAGGGCACGAGAAUUUGACGGCGGUCGAUUUGGGGCCACACUAUGAUGCGGUGAUUGCAGCGUGGAUUCGGAUCGAGCGAGCAUCGCGGUGGGAGUCAUCGUCAACAAAUCUCCCGAAUGCUCGACGACCGAAGGAGAUAUCGACAUGGAUUGCCGGAAGACGUCGGAAGGUGCCCGUAAUCACCGACGUGUCACGCUAUGUGGAGUGCUGGAAUGCCUGGUGGGACUCCCUCCAACCACAAUGGCGGAAGCGGAGCGGGGACGCAAAGAGAUGGGAAAGAACAACGGGAUACGGUCCCACUGGACGUGGGUGGACACCGUCGGGCGAAUAUGGCGGAGAUCAAGCUGUGUGGGGUAAUCUUUUCCAGUGGGGCCCGAACGGUGUGAUGACAGCCGUGGCAUCCAUCUAUUUCUGGGGUAUGCAGGUACAGAAGAGCGGAGCUGGCGAAGGGAUGGAGGCUUGGGAGGAGGCUACUGUGGAUGUAGGUUGGGUAUUGGAAGGACUGGCGGGCUAUUACGAGCUGUGGACAAAGAAGGGUAGACGCUCUUAG